AUGCAUGUUGUCGUAAACAAGAUUGGCGCAUGGAACGAGUUCGUGGCAGAAGAGAGGUUACGAUCUGCCUUUGUCAGCGACAUCACACUUCGAUGCAUGAUGAGCACUGGUGGUGGUGGGGGUGGUACUACCUUUGGUGGAGAUAGUGGUGGUGAAGAAGGCUUCAUUGGGACAACUGGGGUUGGAGAUGGUGAUGGUGAUGGUGAGGGUGGUACUACCUUUGGUGAUAGAGUUGGAGGGCGUGGUGUUUCAGUAGGUGGAGGAGGCUUCACUGGGACAACUGGGGUUGGAGAUAGUGAUGGUGGUGAGGAUGGUACUACCUUUAGUGGUGGAGGAGGCUUCACUGGGAUAACUGGGGUUGGAGAUGGUAAUGGUGGUGAGGGUGGUACUACCUUUGGUGAUGGAGGAGGAGGCUUCACUGGGACAACUGGGGUUGGAUAUGGUGAUGGUGGUGAGGGUGGUACUACCUUUAGUGGUGGAGGAGGCUUCACUGGGACAACUGGGGUUGGAUAUGGUAAUGGUGGUGAGGGUGGUACUACAUUUGGUGAUGGAGGAGGAGGCUUCACUGGGACAACUGGGGUUGGAGAUGGUGAUGGUGGUGAGGGUGGUACUACCUUUAGUGGUGGAGGAGGCUUCACUGGGACAACUGGGGUUGGAGAUGGUAAUGGUGGUGAGGGUGGUACUACAUUUGGUGAUGGAGGAGGCUUCACUGGGACAACUGGGGUUGGAGAUAGUGAUGGUGGUGAGGGUGGUACUACCUUUAGUGGUGGAGGAGGUUUCACUGGGACAACUGGGGUUGGAGAUGGUAAUGGUGGUGAGGGUGGUACUAUCUUUGGUGAUGGAGGAGGCUUCACUGGGACAACAGGUGUUGGUGUUGAUGGUGGGCUUGGCAAUACAACAGGUGGUGUAGGUGGUGGUUUUACAGUUGGGGGCUUAGGGGUAGAUGGUGGUGGCAGUACAAUUGGGGGUUUGGGAUAG